AUGCGCCUCGUCACACGAGCUAUCCCAAGCCUCAGUGCGUUCGCCCUGGCCGCAGAUGCUCUAAACACAACCUGCUCCUCCUUCCCAACCUACAACGCCACAACCCUCGCCACGUCUCCCUUCACUCUCCUCGCCUCCUCUCCUACAGCCCCCAUAAACGGCACCGCAGCAAGCUUCGUAAGCUUCACAAACGACGGCGUAGAUCGCUACGGCUUCGUUACGAUCCCACAGUCCAACCCUACCUUCGGCAGCGCCCCGCCUCUCUCCUUGCAGUGCACCGGGUCCACCCUCUACGUCCAACUCUCGGGCCUGAACUGGGUCCCGGUGUCCAUCGCCGCGGACGAGAACUGGCAGCGUGGUCUGUCGUUUGGGCUGGGUGAGGGGGUGGGCGUUCAGGCGUAUGCGCAGAAUGGGGAUGUGUAUUUGGGCGCGGAGGGGGGCCAGGGUGUAGUGGGAUUGAAAUGGAAGUUUAAAAGCAACUGGGGUGGGAAUGCGGGGCAGUAUUAUCUAGUGAGGUGGGCGGGGGGUGAGGGGGAAAUGAAACGGCAGGUGGGGGGCGAGCCGCCGGUUGUGGAUGAUCGGGACUGGGUUGGGUAUCUGAAGGUUGUGGUUUGA